AUGUCUGGAGAUGGAGACUUCUCAUGGGAGGAGGUGCCGGCCCACAGUCGGAGGGUCAGCAGCUUCCGUCUGUUAGCUGUUGGAUCGCAGGGUGAGCUCAAGAUGUUUGAGGUGGAAGCAGAACAUUCCUCCGAUGUUUCUCUGCUCUGUGUGAGCAAGUAUCCAGCAGACCGAAUGCUGGACCCCACCAAAGAACAGAAACAAGGUGUGUGUGAGUUCCAGUCUUUGCAGGUUCUGAGCUUUGCGGGCGGUCAGUGCUGUGUUCUGGUGAACAGUGACUGGCUGCUACGUCUGCAGUGGCUGCAUGAGGAGGAGGAACCAAGCACGUUGUUGUUCUGCAGAGUCCAGCUGACCGAUAGAGACCCAGCUGUUCACCACUGUGUUUGUGCAGAAACCCUGUUCCUCCUCAGCUCUACGGGACUCAUCUCUGUGUUUAACACCACAGAUGGAGUCUUGAUGGCUACCAUUGAUCUACCUGCCUACCUGACAUUUGACCUCUCAGGCGGCGAGACGUCUUCCUUCAGCCGAGUCCAGGUGUCUGCUGAUCUGAGUACAGCCGUAGCUGUAACUGGGUCUUACGUGGCUGCAGCUGUAGACCUGAACCACUACUUCAGACCCGGGGUUUGGGAGAGAAGAGAAAGACCACCUCCAGAAGACAGCGAGGAGGAAGAUGGCACAACAGCCAGUGUAGACGUCCUUAAGGAUCACGAAUAUGCCGCUACUCCAGACCCUGCAGUUGUGGAUUUAGUGGUGGAGGAAAAUAAUCAUCUCCGGGAGGAAAUCCGCCAGCUACGGGAACAGGUUGAGAGCCUGACGCUGAGGCAGCGGUUCAGCAUUCACCGUUUUGCAACCUCCGACAAUGACAUUAGAUUCUACACAAGGAUCUAUCCCAACCACCUGCUACGUACUGUCCAACAGUCUCAAGCCCUUCUACAACCCAGGCAUCCAAAGGACCAGGACAGCCUGUCCAGCUCUAGCUGCAGUCUUGAGGCUUUUGGAGCUCCUGCUGAUGGCUCCUGGGAAGCUCGUCUGGCAUCCAUGUACAGCCGAGCACAGCAGUCUGCUGCAUCAUCCUCCUCCCACCCUGCUGGGACGUUCUGGUCUUCCUCGCCUCUCUGCCUCCAGUCCCAGCUUGAUCCAUCCCCAGUCCACAGCAGAGCUCCUCCUGGUGGGAUCGUCAAUGUACUCUCCAUCUCCAAACCAUCCAUUCCAUUUCUGCUCAGCGUGUCAGAGUUCUCGGUUCUUCUGACCUUUGUCACACCGGGGAACAGACAGACCACAGUGGCAUUGUGGGAUCUGGAGUCCAGGAAAGUAAGCUAUCAUCGGGCCGAGGGCGAGGCGGCUCCAGUUCAGCUCUGUGGGGAAAGGCAGCACCGGCUGCUGCUAAAGAGUAAGUUCAACAUCGCUGGACUGAAGAACCGUCAGCUGGACAUGGUGGAUUUUUAUUUGAAGAGUAAAGAGAACGUUCUGGAUGUGUCCAGAGCUGCUGAUCAACCUGCAGAGUCUGAACUAAGCCUGACAGAAGGAGUGAAGGACCUGUGUCCUGCCUUGGACCUGCUCUGUUCGGCGGUCAGAGACACGAACAGUGAAGCUCAGAGUCGUCAGUUCUCAGAGCAGCUGCUGCACAUCACCAUGAGCUUCAUCCACUCACAGAUCCGACUACUUCUGUGCAGCUCUCACUACAAUCAACCAGACAUCCUGAGCUGCGUGGUCAUCUUGGAGCGGUACAUCACUGAGUUGAGGAGCUACAUGAAGAGGUUCCCCUGGUCCAGUACCGGCGCUGCUCCUCAGGGUGGGGUGGAGGCAGAAGAAUGGCAUAAACUUCCAAGCAAGGAAGUGGUCUGUCAUUUCAUUCUGACAAACCAGAUUCCUAGAGCUCAAGCUGUGCUGCGGAGGUCCAGUCAGGCCGAGCAGCGCCUGCCUGCCCUGCGAAUGGAGGGUCUGCGUCAGGUUUUCUUCUGCCUGCAGCACAAAGACCUGCAGACUGCCAAAACUCUUCUCAUCAACAUGGGUCUGAGUGUAAAGGAGCAGCUCCACAGCAUCUGUACCUACAGUAACCACACAAACCUCAGGGAAUUCUUGGUGAGUCAUUUCACAACCGAGACAAGCAAGACUCAGAGGGAGGUUCAGAUUACUUCUUGUAUGGAUGAACUGCAGAAACUGGGGACUCUUGCAGGUGUUUUUUGUGGUUCAAACCUUUUCAGGUUUCCUCACUUGAACCAUGAAGAAGGUGGUGAAGAGGUUCUGAAGGAGCUGCUAGAUCACAGAAUUCCUGAGGAGAAGGAAGAACUCUGGAGGAACCUCAGAUUGGACUGGGUGAGGAACUGGGACCUGAGCUGCCAGACGUCCGUUUUUUUAUCCAGACUGAACCAUACAGAGGUGAGUUGCUGUGACUCUGCAGUGUUGUGGCGGUACCUGACUGCCCUGCAUGAUCAGCAGCGGGCUGUCGACUGGAUCCAGACUCAGAGGACAGCCACCUCCUCCUGCUGGCCAGAGAUAACGCCAGAACUGGUGAACAACCACAUGGCGUGCAGCACCUUGAUGAAGGAGAACAUCUUGGACCUGCUGGCCAGGAGAGGAAUGUUAAUCCUUGAUGAGAUGUCGGACCUGGAGCAGCUGUUCUGGAGGCUGGCUCAAGGUAGGGGGCUGAUGACUUCACCCCCUCCUCUUCCUCAGUACUGCUCCUCUCAGGGCCUGGACUUCCACAGUGUGGUUAUCCUGUUCUGCCUCGAGCAUAACCUUCAGUACCUGCUCUACACCUACCUGGAACAUUACAGACUCACACCCAGAUACUGCUCCCCGCUGACUGAUCAGAACCUGUUUAAGACCCAGCCGUGGUUUGAGAUGUUGGUUAAGGUCCAGGAGAUAACCAGAAACCUUUCAGAUCCUGAACUGGUUUUCCAAGCCAUUCUAACCAGUGCUCAGGUGCUAUUACCUGGGAGCCAGGCCUCUCUGAGCAGCUUGCUGUUAGAGGGACACAGCCUGCUGGCUCUGGCGGCCAUCAUGUUUGCCCCUGGGGGGAUCGAUCAGGUGAUUGCUCAGGGUCAGAGGUCAGACUGUCUGGGCAGGAUAGUGGACCCCCAGCUUCUGAAGAUGGCGAUGGCCCCGUAUCCCAAACUGAGAGCGGCCCUGUUUCCUACUGGAUCCUGUGGAAAUGGUUUAUCUUUUGGCAUCUCCAUUUAUCAUCUCCUUCAGUCACUUCGUCCUUUAGACCCGUCCAGGCUGUUUGGCUGGCAGACAGCUAACACUCUGAACCUAAACGGUGUGAGCGACCACGCUCCUAUUGUUUACUCUCGGGACCAGCUGCUUUCCAUCUGCAGCUCCGCUGUGCCUCCUCCUGCAGAGCAACCUGAUGUCCCCCGCGAGCUGAGAAGGAAGAGACACGGGAGAUGUGCAGGCAUAGGGUGUCGCAGCCAGGGCAGAAGAGAACCAGCUGUAAUGAGCACAGUGAAGCAAUGGACAGAGGAGACUGAAGAAGCUCUGAGGGACUGUUUCAGCUCCACUGUGUGGGAAGAGCUCUGUGCUCCUCAUGGGGAGGACAUUGACAGCAUCACGGACUGCAUCACGGACUACGUUAAUUUCUAUGUGGACAACACUGUGCCCAUCAGGACAGAAUUCACACCUCUCAGCUCUCAGCCAUUAGCCUCCCCCUUCAUUCCAGGAAACCUCAUCUCACAGUACCCUUCCCCCACCUCCAUCUUGUCCCUCUCAACUCUUCAGGUGAGGAAUGAGCUGCGAAAGAUCAAGUUUGCCUACCGGCCUGGCAUCGGGGUGGAUGAUGCCAUCGUCUACCUCCGGCACCAAGCUCUGACCCACCUGGAGAAACCUGGAAGCACCGUGAGGAUCAUGUUCUUUGAUUUCUCGAGUGCUUUCAACACCAUCCAGCCAGGACUUCUGCGGGACAAGCUGGAGUUAUCAGGAGUGGAUCACCACAUGUCCCAGUCUUCAUAUGAGGCAGCUCAGGACUGGAUCUUACCGGUUCAGUUUUGUCAGCUCCACAAUCUGAAGCUCAGUCCGGUUUAUCCCAGCCACUGUGCUGACCACAGACAGGUCGUCCACUUCUUAGUGUUUGUCCAGCUCCACAACUUCCCACUUCAGCAGGUGCAGUCCUUGGUCUCUCGGUUCGGCCCUUCGCUGGAGGCCCACUUGAAUCUUGUGUUCCAGGACUUGCAGGUCCACAGACAGGUGCAGUCAGGAUGUCUGAGAACAGAAGAGACUUCUGGGCGUCAGAAUCAUCCUACCGACAUGUUCCAGGUUCUCCUGCAGAGCCAGGAGGAGCUGGUGCCAUGCAGGUACCUCCUACACAAAGCCCUGGAUCAGCGGUGCCCAGUGCUGGCAAUCCUGGCUUCCUGCCUGCAGAAACCAGAAUGGCUGUCCUGUCUCUGUGUGUGGCUGCUGACCUCUGUUGAUGCUGUUACUGCUGAGAUAGCUUCUGCUCACCUGGCUGAAGCUCCCCAGCACCACGAGUGGACCCUGCAGGACCUGUCAAUCAUCUGGAGGACGCUGUUGGGGCGGGGUCAUGUCAUACCCCUUCUCCAUGGCUUUAAGCUCUUCCAGAGGGACUGCCCUCUGGUUUUAAUGCUGAGGAUGUUUGAGUUGUGCUGCGACUACAGAAACUUCACUGAGGCCAAAACCAAGUUACUGGACUUCCAGAAAACACUCAUCACUCUCAGGAACGGAGGCCCAGUGCCGUCCGACAGCCUCCCAGUGCAGUGGGUGGAGAGCCAAGCAUCAGUGCUGCUCCUCACGAUGCUGCAGCGCUGCUCCUCCCAGUACGACCUCCACCGACUGCUGCAACUCCUGGCUGAUGUCGACAACAUCCUCAAAUCAACCGGUCCGGAUUUCAGGAAGCUGAGUCAGCUGAGUCAACUGCUUCAGGGUUUAGAGGUCAAGCUGCCCUCCAGGCUCCUCCAGUGCACCUCCUCUUCUGUCCAACAGGAGGAACUCCAGCUCAUUGUGGAUGCUCUCCAAACCAGGGGGCUCUACAGCCAUGCCCGGGAAGUGGCCCUGCUGGCGGGCUUGCCAGUCCACCAACUUCUCCUGAACCAGGUGUCUCAGGAGGUGAACUCCCAGAGGAGGAAGCAGCAGUGGAGGCAUCUGGAAAAGCGGGUCUCUUUCUGGAAGAAAUGUCACAAGCAGCUGGAGGCAGAUGGUAUUGAUCCACAUUUAGCCUCUCAGUUCUUCCUGUCUCAGAGCGAGUGUGGGACCACCGACCCCCCUGCUGGUGCCGAGGCUCAGACAAAGCUUCUUGACAUCCUGGAGCGCAGCUUGUUGCUGCAGCUCACGGCUCACUGGCUGUCUCAGCUCAGCCCAUUUCCUCUGGACGAACUGGAGAAGCUAGAAAAGAACCUGUGGCUCAACCGCAUCCACAAAGACCUCCUGACUGCUGCAAUGGAACAAGAGAGCAUGUUCAACCUGCCACCAGCUGUCUCACCUGAAACCAACGCCUACCAGGAAGUCCUGAGGGACUUCUCCUUCUCUAACAUCACAGAGCUGAACACAGACAGGUUCCUGAGCCUGGAGGGACUCCCGGAUCCCUCAGAGGAGCAACAGAUCGAGUCAGAGCUAAGUGUUGAAGAAAGAAGAGUCCUCACAGCUCUUGUUGAUCAGUUACUGGAUGAAGGCAGGAUCCAUGAAGCCAGCCGGGUUUGCUGGUAUUUCUCCAUGACCCACCCAGAUGUGUGGGUGGUGCUGCAUUGCCACUCCUUGGCAUGUGGACACCUGAGACCUGAACCACAAGAGGAGCCUUCAGAAAUAAUGGAAGGACAGAACAUGCCCUCAUCCUUCUCACAUAGCAGCCUGUCGUCAUUCGUGAUGCAGCUUCCUGAAGACACGACCUCUGUCCAGCUGCAGAGACUGAAGGCUCGGUGUCACCAUGGAAACAACUACUGCAAACAGGUCUUGAGCCUCUACCAGCUCUCCCAGGAGCUGCAGUGCACGUUCUAUCAGAUCUGCACAGAGAACCCUGGCUGUGUUCUGAAGAAGCUUUUGCUGUUGGAGCAGCCAGAUUGUUACAGGAAGGCCCAGACCUUCAUCAGAGCUCAGGGUCUCUCUGCUGAGAUCGUGGCAGAUCUGCUGUCCUCUGCUGUGGUUCAGGCGCUGCUGGCAUCCACCCAGGAGUUGCAGCCCGGAGAAAAGCAGGUUUUCAAGCCAUCAGAAGGUCGGGACUCUUUGGUGCAGCUCAUCAAACUGUGCAAGGACCCCAGCCUGGUGGGACUCAGACUGUUGGAAACCCUCCCCACUGUUCCUCUGAGAGACCUGAACUGCAUUGUUGAGCUGCUGAUUGUGGCUCAUAGCUGCUUCAGCCUCACCUGUAACAUGGAGGGGAUUGUUCGAGUGCUCCAAGCUGCUCGUCACCUCAGCCACACCUACCUGGCUCCAGGAGAGCACCACAGCUUGCUGGUGCGUCUGUUGACAGGUAUUGGCCGAUACAAUGAGAUGACGUACAUCUUUGACUUGCUACAUCAGAACCAUUGUUUUGAGAUGUUACUCAGAAAGAAGGUGGACACAGAGAGAGGACAGAGCUCCAGUCUGAAGAUGGCUUUGCUAGAUUACAUCAAGCGCUGUCUCCCUGCAGACAGUGAGAAGCACAACAUGGUGGCUUUGUGUUUCAGUAUGAGGAGGGAAAUCGGAGAAAACCAUGAGAUAGCAGCCAGGACGCAGCUGAAAAUGAUAGAGUCUAGAGUGUGGGUUGUCACUCCUGAUCUGAAGAAUUCAUUGACCAAGGUGUUGGCUUUGCUGAAAGAUGCUGCAGAGAGCUUCUCCAAGGACUCGUGUGUACGUCAGGCCACUCACUGUGUCCAGACAGCUAAGCUGGUUGCUCUUCAGCUCCAUUUCCUGAAUCAGGGAUCUGACCUGCGCAUCAUCAACCUCCAACCUGCAGAGAUACCUGGUGCUGUCAUGGUUCUGCCAAGAUGCUACCAGGUGUUCGUCAUGUCUGAGGCAUACUCCUACAGUCCAGACUGGCCUGAGAUUUUGCACCAGAACGUGGUCCUGAAGGGAGACUUUGUUUACCUAGAGGAACUGAAACGCCACCGUCCUCUCACCUCAACGCUAUUUGAAGACAUUUUCAGGAAGCUGGACGGCUCUCCCAGCACAGUCACCUCCAACGUGAAGCGCCUGCUGACCUACUGUGAUGAUGCAUAUACUUGCUACAGACUAGCCUACCAACAGAAUCUGUUCGAUGUCACCAAGACUCUGCUGCAGGACAACAAAACAUCCAACUACCUGAAUGAUCGGCUUGCCUGCUGAUCAGAAAUAAAUCAAACGGAUUGCUGCCCUUUUUUCACUGUCAUAAACUUCUAGCUUUAUGGCCAGGACUUUUCCAGGGGGCAA